CUGACAUGUCAUGAAGAGGAAGAAGCAAAACAAAAUAUUUUAAUCACACGAGGUAACUUAAAUGGUUAACGCUGUCAUGAUCAUUGCAUGCUUAUAACCCAUUAUAUUAAUUGAACAACAAUGACAGGCCACUGACAGUUAAAAAGACUGAUACAUAUUUUUUAUUGUACUAAGUUACAUUAGCAGCAGUAAGUCGAUACCUCACAAGUAUUUGCUUGACUUCUGUUAAUCGCUUUCGAAAGACUGGAAACUACCCUAGCUAGCUGACAGCUAGUUUUUGACGGUCACUUUCCAGCCAGGCAAGGCGACUGACAUGGCGAGUAACCUCGUCUCGAAGUUAUUUCGUCCCUCUGUGUUCACACAGCUGGCGUCUCUCCGGUCGGGUUGCGUGUCUCGGGGGAAGGCGGCGGCGGGCAUUAGACAUUUCUCCAGCGAUCCGCCACCGGAGAACAUCAGUCGCUAUCCAGUUCCUUACAAGAAAGAGCUACCUUAUGAUAUAGUGGAGCUUAUGGAGGAAGUUGAGUCAAAGGGAGGCUUUUUGCCCAAUGUCUUCAAAGUCCUCUCCCAUAGACCAGCAGAGUUCAGAGCCUUCUUCGCUUACUACAAUGAACUAAUGAACAAAGAAUCAGGCGGAUUAACCAAGGCAGAUCGUGAGUUGAUUGUAGUGGCUACUAGUAUCCACAACAAGUGUCUUUACUGUGUGGUAUCCCACAGUGCACUGCACCGCAUCUACUCUAAGAAACCCACUCUUUCCGAUCAGGUCAUUGUUAACUAUGAGAAUGCAGAGCUGUCACCUCGGGAGCGUGCCAUGCUGGACUUUGCGAUGGCUGUGUGUCGCUGCGACACCAUUACAGAGCAGCAUUUCCAGUCUUUGGAGGAAGUGGGCUUUGACCGUGAGGAUGCAUGGGACAUUGCUGCCAUCACUGCUUUCUUUGCCAUGUCCAACCGGCUCGCCCACCUCACAGACAUGAGACCAAACUUAGAAUUUUAUAACAUGGGCCGGUUACCACGGGACAAGAGCAAGGACAAAGGGCAAGUGAAAGGGGAGUAGCGUUACAGACAAGAUUAUCAGAUGUCGAGAUGUUUUUUUUGAAGUGCAAUUUACAGAUUUGAACGUCAACUUUGAAAUUAGUCAGUUUUUCCUGAGAUCAUAAUUUAGGUUCCACAGUUGCUUGACUGAGUCAGGGUAGGCAUGGAGAACAACUAGAGACUGACAUGGGAAGGAAGCAAAAUAACUGCCCUUUACUGUGAACAUAGCACGUAAAAUUCAGGAUUCUAUAAAGUAUGUGUGCCUUUUAAAAAUGGUGCUCAUUUAGAUGACGAAGAAGCAUGAGAGAGACAGUCUGAGUUUGAGUUUCCUGUGUGUGUGUUGAUGGGGUAGACAUGGUUUUGUUGGUAAUAUAUAUAAUUUGUCAUUGUGUGUAACUCAUUGUGUCUGCUUAUUUACCUUGACAUUUUGAAUUUUAGGUGGCUCUGGUUGUUUACUGGAUACUUGCCAUAUGAUGGGGAAAAGUUAUUUCUUUGCAGCUAGUUGUCUUUUACAUUACACUUAAUGAUACAGUUUCAUAAUUGUCUUUUAACUUCCAUGUUUGGGUUAUAAAACCUAUGAAAAAAAAAAAAAAAAAAUCACAUAAAACUAAAUCUCGAACCAGCUCUUUAUUUCCUUGUUCACCAGUUGAAAGUGCUUUGUGUUAUGAUGUGUUGCUCAAUGCAUUGUUACUGUGACUACCAGGAAGAGUGUAAAUAACUUACUGGCAUUGUUCACAGCAAUGUAAGCGUGUGUUGUAAAGUAUUAAAAUGAAAACGGCUUCUCUAA